UGUUAGUAAUGGCUUGCCAUACUUGGGGUUUACUGAUGAGUCCACUUAACUUAUUAGGAUGGCCAAUCAGCGUACACCAUAAACAUCUCUACACUCACGAUUGGCUGUUCUCAGGGAAGAAUCCUUCCACCUCCACCGCGAUGACAUUCGUAAUACAGAUAAUAAAGACGUCAUUGCCGUUCAAGCAGCACGAUGGAUUUCCAUCCUCACUUCCGGUACCUCCCUUUGUUGAAAGAGUUGACUUUGGAGUCUUCCAAGGAGGCCUCCAAGAUAGCCCGAGCCUUUAGCUCUGCGGCUACGAUCACGGCCACGACCUGCAAAGUGGCGGAGCAGGUGACGGCGGACGCCAAGGCUCGUGUGGUCCAGGGCGGAGGAGACCCCGGGUGCUGGCAGCUGGUGCUCAGUGAGUGUGAGCUCCAGUUUGGUCAGUACCAGGGCCAAACCUUCAAGUGGCUACUGAGUAACGACGUGGGCUAUGCCUGCUGCAUCCUGGUCUCUCAGCGGGACGGCGGAGCCACGUCGCAGUCGCCCCGGGCUCGGAACAAAGACGCCCUGGCAUCCUACGCGCAGCUGUUUCCGGACAUGUCCCUGGCCCUGCGGAACCGUAGGAUGCUCAUGGGCGCACCGGUGGUCAGGGAGAUGGAUGACAGGCUGCUGGAGUUCGGGGAGUACCGCCAGGAGACCUAUCGCUUCCUUUACGAAUCCCCCGGCAAAGAGCAUCAAUCAUUCUUGGCAUGGAUGAGGAAGACCAAGGUGUUCCAGGGCUCGCGGAUCUACUCCUUCCAACAGUACAUCCUGGGACGAGACAGACAGCCCAAGUACACCGCAGGAAAGGGUGACACGUCUGACCAGCAGCUAAUCGCAGCAGCCACGGAAGUAGAGUCGCAGCUGUCUGAGGAACCGUCAGCAUCCGCCUCUACUUCCGCAGUGUCUGCCUCUGCCAUGGUUGCACUCACCAGAGAGCAGACAGCUGCCGGCAGAGAUUCGACCCCCGACGCAAAGGUAGGAAUCCAUUGCGGGCAGGCACACGGGCACCUGUAUGAGCGCCCCGCACUGACCAGGGUCGUGCUCGUCCGUCUAUCGCAGGUGCUGCCGAAGGGAUGGCUCCAAACUUUGCCGGAGACCGAGCACGAUUGGCUGGCCAAAGCGCUGUACGUCAGAGGCUCCCGUGGGAAAAUGGUCCUGACGUCCGAGCUCCAGCUGUGGUGGAACCCCCCUGAAAGGCCGCUUUAUUACACCCAGCCCCCCACCUCCUCCAGGGCCUUCUUCCACCACCGCUUCUUCCUCUGGGUGCCGUACAAGAUGUGGGGGUUGAAGCUGGCCUGCCCCCACUGCCGGCACCGGCUGACCGGAGGCGGGCUGUACCAGACCGUGCGGCGGGUGCUGGACCUUCAAGAUUGGUACUUCAUGGGAACAGAGUACCUGGAGUGCAACGGCUGCCGGCGGAAGUACUCGGCCUGGGAAGAAGCCAUCAUCCAGCAAAUGAGCAUGUCCCACCAGCUGAAGUUCCCGGCCGUUCUCACGUACAAGUUGGCCUGUGACAGGAAGGUGGCACACUUGAUGAAGGACUGCACUUUGGGCAACUCCGUCGGCCGCCUGCGACGGAAACUGGAGGAGGUGCACACCGAGGAGUGGAUGAGGCGCGGCUUGGAGUACUUGUCCGUGCUGAAGCAGCUGGGUGUUUCCACCGGCAAGGUACCACCCAUGCGCCCGGUGCCCAGCGCAACCUGGUUUCUGGCUGCCUACGUGAGGGAGGUGCUUCCACGCAUUCCAGACUACAAAGCCCGCAUCACAUCGGUCUUUGGGAGCGUGCUGAAGAUGAACUCCACCAAGAAGAUGGCCAAGAAGCUUGCGGGAGAGGCCACCGGAACCGCCGCCUGGGUCACCAACGUGGGCAACGAGUACGGGCAGGUGCUCAUGUCUGUGCUCACUGUCGCCAAGGGCGAAGGGCUGUCGAGCAUGGCAAGCGGACUGAUGCGGCGGUACAGGGAGGCGGGACAAGCCCCACCGCAGCUUCUGUACGUGGACCACGACUGCUGCUCCACCACCAGGAAGAGCAAGGUCGCAACCAUGUUCGGCAAGUGGGAGCGGCUGGUGGUGCGGCUGGAUGUGUGGCACCUCAUGCAGCGCUUCGCGAGGGGGGUGACCACAGACACCCACAUCCUCUACGGUACAUUCAUGGCCAGGCUGGCCCUGGCCAUCUUUGAGUGGGACGCCGAGGACAGGAACCUGCUGAGACGGGCCAAGCAGGCCGAGAAGGAAGAGGGGGGCGCCCUCCCGGUCACUCUUUCUGCCAAGGAGCUGUUGCGACACUGCCGUCGUCGCACCAGAGGGGCCGAGGAGACGGAGCGGCUCAUCCAGGAGCUGCUGGACCACUUCUGGGAGGCCAAGGAUACCAUGGGCAAGCCUCUCCUUGACCAGGCCAGGACUCGGCACAUCUGGGACACACAGCGCCAGCACAUGGCCUGCAUCCAGGACCCGCCCGGCAUCGCCAUGUACACCAAGACGGAGGAAGUGAUGAGAGGUGGCAUCAAGCUUCCGAUCUUCAGGUGCGCACGAGGCUCCACUUCCCUGGAGUCCUUCCACCUCCACCAGUGCCGCUUCAUUCCUGGCACGGUGGCCAACGCGCUUCACUUCCAGGUCUACCUGUUGGAGGGCUUGACCCGGUGGAACGAGGACCGAGCCAGGGCAGCCGAGGUGGUGGGCCCAUCGACAACCUCGAUGCGCUGCUACGAUUCCCGCCUGCUCGACGCCUUCCAAAAGCUGACCAUGAAGAUGAUGAAUCGCACGCUAGUGGAAAACUACACCCCACCGAGGGAAUACACCGGGGAGCUCAUCGGCUUGGACUACCUGUAUGCCCAGACCGGCGCCGCGCUCCAUUCAGACCCCAGUCGUGACGGGGAGGGGGAGGGGAACCCGACCGCUUGGCUGGACAAGGUGGCAGAGGAGGACAAGGUGGCAGAGGAGGACAACGGGGCGGUCGAUGUGGAAGAGGACGAAGGAGACCCGGAGUUCAUGGCCUUGUCCAUGUACAUGUUGGAUUGCCAGGACAGGGACAGGGAGGCUGCGCCCCCACCACAUCCAGACGCUCAUGCAGAAGAGAACGUCCUCGGCCCGGACGGUCACGGGGGCUACCGGCACGUCUGCCACCUGGUGUCGGCGCUGGUGGAGCUGCGUCUACGCUCCUUUGUCACGCCGUCGCAGGUGGCCAACAUCAGGGAUCUGUGGCUGAAGCUGGACUCCAGGGACAAGGCCCCCGUUGCCCUUCCCCUGCGGCACAAGGACAGGUUGUCCAAGGGCCGCUUCAAGACCUUGGCUAGAAAUCGCCACUCGACGGGCCUGGACAGUGCCAAACGGUACAUGCGGUUUGUCUUCGAAGGUAUGUGGGAGUUUUCCAGGCUGGCAAUUCACGUGGCGGCGUUUUCUGUGGGUAGUCUCUCCAUCAGACAGGCCACGGAUGUGGCGCACCCCCCGAGCGUGAGUAGGUUGAUGGAGGCCAUUUUCAUCGAACUGUGCUACAUCCACGCUUGGGGGCGCAGCCUGGCCGAGAUCCGGAUGAGCCGAUGGGGGCUGGUGUUGCGCGACUACGGGCGCAUCAAACAAAUCUGCAGGUCUGUGCAGCUGCUGGCCGCCGCUCCCAUCCAGCUGGUGGAAGUCAACCAACGGACCCUUACGCAGUGGUACAACCGGAGAAGCAAGGAGGAACUGGCCAGGAGCCUGUGCGUGUCGCUUCCGGUGCCCACUGCAGACCAGGUUGCAGCAGAGGCACUCCCGCCAUCCAAGCCUUUACUGGAGAAGCCUGUGCAGCCCAGUAAAGGCCUGGAAUACAACCACCCGUACGACACCUCUGGUCUGGCAGUCACUCACAAAGGGCUUGUCCUGCCAGAGCUUUUUGCAGCACGUCCGUCCGCUUCGUCCUCCUCCUCCGCCAGUGUUGCUGUGUCUGCUUCGUCCUCCUCCGCCACUGAUGCUGCUGCUCGCAUACGGUUACGGGAGGAGCAGAUACAGCCGCAUAUGGGCUUCAGCACUCCAAAUGUCAGCAGCAGCACUCCAAGUGUCAGCACCCGCACUGGCAGCAGUGGUCCCAAGAGGAGAAAUGCGACUCAACACAUGUGCAAGCUCUGUGGAAACCCAAAGUCCAAAGCCUUUGGCCACAGUCGCUACAGGAACGAGCACUUUUGCUCUCAGUCAGCAGGGCGUUCGGUGGAAAACUGGCUCGCUGAGAAGAAGAUGGAGGAGGCACAAUCAAAGACCCAGCAUCGAUCUCCACGCCAUCUGCUGCCUCGACUUGCCAAGAGUCCCCCCCGCGCCCCCAAAACACAAUAGCAUCCAGCGUGGUGCUGUCGUCGACGUCGUCGUCUCAUCUUUGACUUGCAACUUCU